AUGUGCCACACGCUCGAGGCGGCCUACAAAUGCCAGGGAGUGUCCUUGUUACCCCUGCCGCAGUCCAGUCAGUCAGGGAAAAUCGGCGAGGGUGCGCCGGAAAUCAUGCAAAAACGUGCCGAACACGAGCCGUUGAGGCAGGAAAAUGAAGGAAAACUUUCCAAGUUACUGGCAUUUCCCGAAGACCAUCAAUACAAGGUGAUGUACGUCAAGCCGACUUUUUUCUUUCGCUUACUAGUGCUAUCUUUAAUAAUGGAAGAGAUCACUUCGCGAGUGGAGUUCACUAACCUCAAGUGUAUGCCUGUGGAUAAGGACAUUGCCGAAUUUGAUUAUUGCACUCUAAAGGCCAUAAAUCGUACCUACAAAUACGUUUCGGGAAAGCUUAAGCUGUAUAAAAUUCCAAUUACGAAAGUCAAGGUUAAUUUUGGACUGUUCAAGCGGUUUAAUGGUUACAAACCUUUCCUAUACAAUCAAACCAUAGAUGCUUGUUAUUUCUUAAACCACCAAAAGUCCAAUCCUGUCGCUAAGUAUUUUUACGACAUUAUUAGGGGGAUUACGAACGUAAAUCAUUCCUGUCCUUAUAAUCACGAUAUUGUUGUGGAUAGACUUUCCACCGAGAUAGUUAACCAUCAUCUUACGAAAGUGCUUGCCUACCCGGAUGGAGAUUACAUGUUGGAGUCACGAUGGAUACUCAAUGACAUACCAUCCGCAGUUAUCCAAGUCUAUGUGUCUCUUUCCUAA